AUUAAUUGACAUUGGACAUGGUAUCUGUCAAAACUAAGUUUUGUCAACAUUGUAUAUUAAUAUUAAAAUAACAAAUAAAACCAAAAUAUUACUUAUAAGAUUCUUGAAUUUCUAAUAUUAUAAAUAUGGCAAAUACGAGUACACAAAAUGAUAAAGACGCAAAAUUUAACGAAUUUUAUACAGAGGUAAAAGAAAUCGAAAAACGUGACUCGGUACUAACACCAAAACAACAAAUUGAACGUCUAUUACGUCCCGGCUCCACAUACAGAAACUUAAAUCCAUUUGAUGUAUUACAAGUUGAGCAUGACACACCAAUAGAAGAAAUUAAAAAGAAAUAUAGGAGAUUAUCUAUUUUAGUACAUCCAGACAAAAAUCAGGAUGAUCCUGACCGUGCACAACAGGCUUUUGAAGCCGUCAAUAAAGCGUGGAAGACUUUAGAAAAUGAAGAAACUAGAAAAAAAUGCAUGGAUAUUAUUGAAGAAGCUACAGGCAGAACAGACAUAAUGCUUACUGAAAAACGGAAAAAAGCUAAAAAGGAGGGAAAAGAUAGUAUACCUGAAGAUGAUCCUGCCAAGUACAAACAUGCUGUUUAUGUCCUUACCAUGAAAUUAUUUGCAGACAUGGAGAGAAAACGACGUGAGUUGGCAGAAAGGGAUCAAGAAGAGAGAAAGAGGAAAAGGGAGGCAGAAAUUGAGGAGGAAGAAAAUCAAAAGACACAAAAAGAAUGGCAAAAGAAUUUUGAAGAAUCCAGACAAAAUAGAGUUGAUAGUUGGCAAAGUUUUCAAGCUAAUUCCAAAUCUAAAUCAAAAUCUAGUAAAAAAAUUAAAAUGUUCAAACCUCCCAAAAAUAAACCAGAAUCAAGGUAAAUAUUUAGUUGUAAGUUUACCUAAGUUAGUUUAAUAUUUAAGACAGAAAAAGUUCAAUUGUUUAACCUCAAAUGUAGUUAGUAUUUUUUGUAUUUUUUCUGAAAAUGUGAAUACAUACUUAUAUUAUUUUUAUAAGUAAUAAACUUAAUUAUGAUAUAAGA